GACUGUAUAUAUAAAUGCUAUAGGCGAGAAGACGGAAAUACUUGUAUUAAGAUAGGCAGCAGGUGCGAGAGCGAUGGUGGCGAGCAGCUCGCAAAAGCAAGAGAACUCCGACGAGCAACAACGGCGGUCGGAGAUAUACACAUACGAAGCCCCAUGGCACGUCUACGCCAUGAACUGGAGCGUCCGCGCCGACAAAAGCUACCGUCUCGCCAUCGGCAGUCUCCUCGAACACUACCACAACCGUGUCGAAAUCGUCCAGCUCGACGACGUCAACGGCGAGAUCAAAGCCGACCCCACCCUCUCCUUCGAGCACCCUUAUCCCCCCACCAAGACCAUUUUCAUCCCCGACAAGGAAUGCCAGAAGCCCGAUCUUUUCGCCACCUCCAGUGACUUCUUGAGGAUCUGGCAGAUCAAUUCCGACUCUGUUGAAUUGAAAUCUGUGCUGAAUAAUAAUCGGAACAGUGAUUUCUGUGGGCCCCUCACUUCGUUUGAUUGGAAUGAGGCGGAGCCGCGGCGGGUGGGGUCCAGUAGUAUUGACACGACUUGUACUAUUUGGGAUGUGGAGAGGGAGUGUGUGGAUACUCAAUUGAUUGCUCAUGAUAAAGAGGUUUAUGAUAUUGCUUGGGGUGGGGUGGGUGUUUUUGCUUCGGUUUCUGCUGAUGGGUCUGUUAGGGUUUUCGAUUUGAGGGAUAAGGAGCAUUCGACUAUCAUUUACGAGACUUCGCAACCCGAUACCCCUUUAGUUAGAUUAGGUUGGAAUAAGCAGGACCCGAGGUAUAUGGCGACAAUUAUUAUGGACAGUGCUAAGGUUGUGGUUCUUGACAUUAGGUUUCCUACUUUGCCUGUUGUCGAGUUACAAAGACAUCAGGCCAGUGCGAAUGCCAUUGCCUGGGCUCCCCAUAGUAGUUGUCACAUUUGUACGGCUGGAGAUGACUCACAGGCCUUGAUUUGGGAUCUUUCCACUAUGGGACAGCCUGUCGAAGGUGGCCUCGAUCCUAUUUUGGCCUAUACUGCUGGAGCCGAGAUCGAGCAAUUGCAGUGGUCUUCCUCCCAGCCCGAUUGGGUUGCUAUUGCGUUUUCCAAUAAGCUUCAGAUUCUGAGGGUAUGAUGGUAGUAGCUGCAUUAUGUUCCUUCAUUCCUCUUUUCGUUUUUUGUUACUAGUAGAUUGUUGUUGGCCGCUUCAGUCUUGAGAUUGAUUUUCCUUUUUAUUUUAGAUAUGUGCUUUUAAAAGAUGAACAUCGAUGAACUGUUGUUUUUGGUCAAUCACUCAAUUGUUUAAUGUUAGUUUAUCUGCGUCUUCCUCUA